CAUAUGUGGAUGCAUCAAACUCCCUCAACUCUUGGACUGUCUUAUUAACUCAAGAAUGUCGCUGUCUCUUGGAAUCACGUCUGGACAAAAGCAUCAUUUGCUGUGGCUGAUGGUCAUCUGUUGUGUUACAUGUCAGAUAACGUGCUCAAAAAUGAUGAUAAUCGGCGAGGAUUUGACAGAUACGUGUUUCUGGAGCUGCAACAGAUCAUCCUGUCCAGCUAUAAACCUGACAUGUCCACUGGAAUAUGAAAUACUGAUAGGAAAGUUUUGCAUAGCGAAUGUCAAAUACAACACAUCUUCCACAGGAUAUUGCAAAUCAUACCGUUUCAACAUAACAAACAAUGAGGGGAAAUAUGAAGUAAGAAUGGAUAAGAUGGCUAUAAACAUUGAAAUGUGGUUUGUCCCAAAUCCCUCUAAAUGCCUCACACCAGAAGUCCUGAAUUCAACAGGAUCCACAUCCAGUCAUAUUGGGACUUGUCAGCCACAGUCAAGCACAGACACUACCAACCCUACCACCACCACCACGACUGGAUCUACCAUUACUACUACCAGCCCUAUCAUCAUCACCAUCUCUACUACCAACCCCACCACCACCACCACGACUGAAUCUACCACUUUCACCAGUACUAACAACCUUACCAAUAGCUCUACCACACCCUCCAACACCUACAAUCCCAAUUAUCUAGAUCCUUACAAAG